CCAUACAUCCACCUAUAUAUUUUUACAUUUCUAAUAAACUAAAUCUAAUUCAAUAAUUAAACUCUUAACCCAAAUCUACAUACCCACAUAAAAACUCAAACAUCUUCACCUAAGAAACCAAAACUCUCCAAUGCUUAGACUCCUCACUCUUCAACUCCUCCUCCUCCUCCUCUUCUCUCACCUUUUAACCACCAAUGCCACCGCCACCGCCAUUACUCAACAGUUCAAAGAAGCUCCACAGUUCUAUAACUCCCCAGAUUGCCCUUCUUUUGAUCAAGAUGAGAGUGAUUCAGAAUCGGACGGUGAAGGCACCAUCUUUUGCUCCGAUCAAGCAGUCCAUGUAGCAAUGACUCUAGAUACAGCAUAUAUACGUGGUUCCAUGGCGGCAAUUCUCUCUGUUCUUCAACACUCCUCUUGUCCCCAGAAUGUUGCCUUCCAUUUCGUAGCUUCUGCUUCUGCCAACGCCUCUCUCCUGCGCACCACCAUCUCCUCCUCCUUCCCUUACCUCAAUUUCCGAGUUUACACAUUCGAUGACUCGUCCGUGUCAAGACUCAUCUCCACCUCUAUCCGUUCUGCACUAGAUUGCCCAUUAAAUUAUGCUCGAAGCUACUUGGCCAAUAUCCUUCCUUUAUGCGUUCGCCGAGUUGUCUACCUUGACUCAGACCUCGUCCUCGUCGAUGACAUUGCAAAGCUCGCCGCUACUCCACUGGGUGAAAAAACUAUUCUUGCAGCUCCUGAAUACUGCAAUGCAAAUUUCACUUCUUAUUUCACACCAACUUUCUGGUCUAACCCUUCUCUAUCACUCACAUUUGCGGAUAGAAAAGCUUGUUACUUUAAUACUGGAGUUAUGGUCAUCGAUCUCGAUCGAUGGAGGGCAGGAGACUACACUACCAAGAUCGAAGAAUGGAUGGAGCUGCAAAAGAGAAUGAGAAUAUACGAACUGGGGUCUUUGCCACCAUUCUUGCUGGUUUUUGCAGGGAAUAUUGUACCUGUUGAUCACCGGUGGAACCAGCACGGGCUCGGCGGUGAUAAUUUUAGAGGUCUCUGUAGGGAUUUACAUCCGGGUCCUGUUAGUCUCUUGCAUUGGAGCGGUAAAGGGAAGCCAUGGGCUAGACUCGACGCUAACCGGCCAUGUCCUUUGGAUGCUCUAUGGGCUCCAUACGAUCUCUUGCAAACUCCCUUUGCGUUGGAUUCUUGAAGACAUAUAGAAACAGCCUAUAUAUGCUGCUCUUUCCGGAAUCUGGCCGUCGGCACAGCACAGAGAAGAGGGAGGGAUCUGAAACAGAUGAAGAUGAUAUAUAUACAGAUAUGUUACAGUUUCCAAGUUUUAAUUAGGUAAGUUUCUUCUGUAGAUGAUUAUAGAGGUGUUCAUAUACAUCUAUGAAGAAUGUUGAAAUUAUCAUCACUUGAAUGGUACAGAGAAGGAAAAAUUUUACUGCCUUUCAAAUAAGGAAGAACCCAGAAAAGAGAGAAGGGGGGAUUCAUGAACUUCCGCCAUAGCUGGUCAAUUAAUUGUAUCAAAGAGAGCUGUUUUGCGUAGUUUCAUGAAUCAUUAUUUUGUUUAAUAAGAAUAAUCUAAAUAUUUUCUGUAAUUCCUUUUUUUUUUCCUAAUAUAAAUUCGAUGGUUAUGUAUCAUUAAUUA